AUGAAUGUUUUGAAAUUGGCGAAUGGAAGGGAGGUGAAUUAUCUGAAUGAGGUCGAAGUUCAGAUUUUGAUGGAUGAGAAUGGCGGCAAGACAAAAUAUGCGGAUGAGCUCGAUGGGGUCGAAGCUUCGGAUAUCACGACGCAUAAAUAUGAAGGAGGAUUCAAGAUCUGGGAAUGCACGAUCGAUCUAUGCGAAUACAUCGAAGAGAAUUCCGAAUUUUUCCAAGGCAAAAAUGUGCUUGAAUUGGGCUGUGGUGCUGCUCUUCCGUCGAUAUUGGCGGCGAUUCACGGCGCAAACGAGGUUGUCGUGCAGGAUUUUAACGCGUCGGUCAUCGAGUUCUUCACAAUGCCGAAUUUGGCGUCGAACGAGCAUCACGCGAAAUUGUCGAGUUUCGCGAUUGCGUGGGACGAGGUUGCCGAGAAAGUCGCGAAUCGCCAUUUCGAUGUGAUUUUGUCGUCGGAGACGAUUUACAACGAGGCCGAUUAUAUGCAUUUGCACAAUGCAAUUGCGGCGACAUUGGCCGAAAACGGAGUCGCUUGGAUUGCCGCCAAAUUUUUCUAUUUCGGUGUUGGCGGUAGUGUGCCAAGCUUUUGCGAUUUUGUCAAUCGGCAUGGGACCCUGACAGCCAAAGAAAUCAAAGUGAUCGAUGCAUCGGUCCCGCGACGAAUUGUCGAAUUGAAAAGGAAAUUGUGA